AUGGCGGACGUGCAGGUGGAAAAGGCCUACCAGAAGCAGCAGGCUGUCUUCCAGAACUCCAAGAAGCUGAGGGCGGCCAAGACCAGCAAGGGCGUGCGGUACUACAAGGAGGUGGGGCUGGGCUUCAAGACUCCCAAGGAGGCGAUCGAGGGCGAGUACGUGGACAAGAAGUGCCCCUUCACCAGCGGCGUGAGCAUCCGGGGGCGGCUGGUCAAGGGCGUCUGCAUCUCGACCAAGAUGCACCGGACCAUCAUCAUCCGGCGCGACUACAUGCACUUCGUGAAGAAGUACUCCCGGUACGAGAAGCGGCACCGCAACAUCCCGGUGCACUGCUCGCCGUGCUUCAACAUCAAGGAGGGCGACAUCGUGGUGGCGGGGCAGUGCAGGCCCCUCAGCAAGACGGUCCGGUUCAACGUCCUGAAGGUGAUCCCCAAUGAGGUCAUCGGCAACGUCCGCAAGCAGUUCAUGCUGUUCUGA